AACUCAAAUCCAGACUAGCCUGAAACGCAAGGACAAGUGAGACGAGUGAGAAUCGGUGAACAAUUCACCCAAAGUCCUUCCAGCCCUUCCUAUUAUACCAGAACUGACCCUAGGCCGAAGGGUGGUCAACGACCUUAUACUGGGCCGAAGGAUCUCCUUCUACGAACUCAGGGGGGAAAUAGGGUGCUGCAAUGUUAGAUUGGGGGUUUCAUACCUUGAAUAAAGCACGACGACAACAUUGUCCACCGAGACAUGAAAGCAGAGAAUGUCUUCUAUACCACCAGCUACUGCAUCAAGGUGGGAGACCUUGGCUUCAGCAUAGUGACUGGUCCAACCGAGGUCCUCACCACAUUCUGUGGUUCCACAUCCUACGCCGCUCCAGAGCUCUUCAAAGAGAAAGGCUACAUGGGUCGUUACGUGGACAUCUGGGAAUUGGGCAUCCUCCUCUACUUCAUGGUCACCCAGGUCCUGUGCUUGGAGGAGCAGGAGGUGAAGUUGGCCUUUUCUGGCCUGGGCUUCAUGGCGGUCCACCUGCAGAGCAACACCUAUACAGACAAUUGCAACCCCCUGACGGGGACCUACCGUAUCCUCCUCCACCACAUCCAGAAGAGGAGGUCCGUGGAGGAUGUGGGAUAUGCAGGCCUCUACCCUAAGGACUUUGUCACUACCAAGAGAUGGACGCCACUGCUGUUAUGGUCAAGCACAACCCUACUAAUGUCUGUGUUAUGCUAUAGACCAGGGUUUCGUAACAGUUUUUGUACCAGGGACUGGCAAGUUAUGGAUCUUCUUUUAGGAUUAAAACAAACACUUUGAGGACCAUUUACAUUGAAAUCGAACAUUUGAGAACUGAAGUUCUCAGACAACGAUCUGAGGGACCAGUUAGCAAUAUCUCAGAGACCAGUGGUACUCCAUGGACAAGACACAAACACACCCGUGCAGACAUGUGCAUACUCUCACACACACACACACACACACACACACACCACUCUCUCAGGGAUCUGCUGUUGCUUAUUCAUCGUAGUACAGAGGAUAGGUAGAUAAAUACCACCAUCUUGUGCUCACAUUAUUCAUUACAUUUCAGUAUGCCUCAGAAAUCUCUGAUGAAAAGAAACCGUGGUUAAGAUUACAGGAUCUGGUUUGUAAUGUACAGUCCAUUAAUUCUAUUGAGGCUUAUGGACUAACAAGGCUACAGUAAUUGACUUCAGCUUGUUGUGACCGUCACUUUACUCAAUAGGCCUAUGUUCUGUUCAAUAGGCUUACAGCAAGAGGCAGACUGACGCAAAGGAUUAAUAGCACUAUCUUCCAAGCCUACUUAGUCCAGUGCUUCAUCAAAAUAUAACCGGGGUUGUGCAAGGGCAUGGCUAAUCUUUCUUUGUUGUGAUACAGGAAAAGUGCUUUGUGUGUGGGCCCAUGCCCUGAUAUUUUCAUUGCAAUACUUAGGUCUACAAUACUUUUUUUAUCCUUAAACACUUAUAAGUUCAUGUAAAUAUAACAAAUAUAAUCUUCAGUUUAUAUACUUGUAAAUUAUAUAAUGUGCUAUUCCCAACAUUCUAAAAUGUGUAAAACAGAUUUCUUGUACAUAGUAGAGCACAUGCACAGAUCUUAAUUUUGGCUAUUCAAUGGCUUGGAAGGGCAAUGUU